UACUUCACUUCAGCUCGAUCACCGUUUGGCUUCACUUCACUACAAACUUGUAAAAGCGCCUGGCCGACGGAAAUGCGCGCAGGAGCCACCAGCUGUGUGGGAACGGGGAAGCGGUUCCGGUGCUGAAGUGUCAAAGGUCUGAUCUGAUCCUACCUGGAGCGACUCUCCGGUUUCACUGCGGGACGCCACUGCGUCAGCAACAGCUGUCCUGCAGCCACGCACCGGCUGCCAGAAGGGGAGAAUUACGUCCUCGGUGGAAGGCUUCGCGGAAGACUUGAUUUUUUUUUUCAAGUUUGUUGGAUUCUGUGGGAAUAUUUGCUUUACCGUGCAAGCUCCUUCUAGGGAAACCCCGGUGUGGUGGUAUCCCUUCGCGAUGCGAAGAUGGCGCCCCUGCUCCCUCCCCCAGGCACCGAUAUGUUCCGCCGUUUCACCCAGGAAUCGCUGGCGGAGAUCGAGAGGCUCAAGGAGGAAAGAAAAAAGGCAGUAGAAGUAGAGGGCCAUGUGGAAAGAAAAAAGGCCGCGGAAGAAGAGGGCCACGAGGAGGAAGAGCCAACGGCCCCAAAUGCUGAUCUGGAGGCGGGCAAGAGUCUGCCCUUAAUAUUCGGAGACCCUCCGCCAGAGCUGCUCAACACACCUCUGGAGGACCUGGACCCCUUCUACAAAGCACAGAGCACAUUCAUUGUGAUCACCAAAGGAAACACAAUCUACAGGUUCAACGCUGAACCGGCUUGCUACAUUCUGAGCCCCUUUAGUGUGAUUAGAAGAGGAGCCAUCAGAAUUCUCAUACAUUCAUUAUUUAGCAUGUUCAUCAUGAUUACCAUUCUAUCGAACUGUGUAUUCAUGACGAUGAGCAACCCACCAGCAUGGAGUAAAACCGUCGAGUAUGUUUUUACUGGUAUCUAUACCUUUGAGGCAACAGUCAAAGUGUUGUCAAGAGGUUUCUGUGUUGGAUCUUUUACAUUCCUUCGAGAUCCAUGGAAUUGGCUGGAUUUCAUGGUGAUCAGCAUGGCAUACGUCACUGAGUUUGUUGACCUUGGCAACGUGUCAGCCCUCAGGACAUUUCGUGUACUUCGAGCCCUCAAAACAAUUACUGUGAUUCCUGGUUUGAAAACCAUCGUGGCCGCUUUGAUCCAGUCGGUGAAGAAAAUGGUGGAUGUCAUGAUUCUGACCGUCUUCGCCCUUGCUGUUUUCGCCCUCGUCGGCCUUCAGCUCUUUAUGGGAAAUCUGCGUCACAAAUGUGUGCGGUGGCCCAUCGACACAAAUGAAACUGCAUUUGAAUUUUUUAACACCACCGCCACGUUAAACGACACCCUGUCCUUCAACAACACCAUGGGCGUCAAUGAGACAGCAUAUUCCAACAGUACCUUCAAUUUCAUUGAGUAUAUUGAAAACACAGAUAAUCACUAUUUUUUGGAUGGCAGCCCGGAUGCUCUGAUUUGUGGAAACAGCUCUGAUGCUGGAAAGUGCCCAGAAGGAUACACAUGCAUGAAGGCUGGGAGGAACCCCAACUUUGGCUACACCAGUUUUGACUCUUUUGGCUGGGCCUUCCUGGCCCUCUUUAGACUCAUGACCCAGGACUACUGGGAGAACCUCUUCCAGCUGAUCCUGCGGGCGGCUGGCAAGACAUACAUGCUGUUCUUUGUGGUGAUUAUCUUUCUGGGCUCCUUCUACCUCAUCAACCUCAUCCUGGCCGUGGUAGCCAUGGCUUAUGAUGAACAGAAUCAGGCAACUCAGCGAGAGGCCAUAGAGAAAGAGGAGGAGUUCCAGCGGCUACUAGAGCAACUCAAGAAUCAGGAACAGCAGGCUCACGCUCUUGGGAGCCAGCUUACUCUAACUAGUAAGUCACUCAGUCAUCACACCAUGUCUGAGAUGACAGAUGAUGAACCCAGCCCUAACAGUGACGAGAAUAUCAAGGAUUGUAACGGGAGAAUCAUCCCCCGUCUGUUAGUCAGAGCGCCCACCAUGGUCAAGCCCACUACAGAGUAUGAACUCAGUGAGAAGUCAAUAGGCUCUUCUGUGCACAGCAUGCUUCAUCUGGACGAACCGGGCCUGACACAGAAGUCUGUUAGUGCUCUCACUGUGCUCACUGCAGCUGCUAUGGAAGAGUUGGAGGAGGCUCAGAGGCCGUGCCCACCGGGCUGGUACAAGUUUGCCGACAUUUUCCUCAAGUGGGACUGCUGCCCGCAGUGGGUGCUCUUUAAGAAGUGGGUGCACUUUGUGGUGAUGGACCCUUUUGUCGACUUGGCCAUCACCAUCUGCAUCGUGCUCAACACCCUUUUCAUGGCCAUGGAGCAUUACCCAAUGACCCCGCAGUUUGACCACAUGCUCUCAGUGGGGAAUCUGGUUUUCACUGGGAUCUUCACAGCGGAGAUGUUCUUCAAGCUGAUCGCCAUGGAUCCCUACUACUACUUUCAAGUUGGCUGGAACAUUUUCGACAGCAUCAUUGUCACUCUCAGUCUGGUGGAGCUGGGGCUGGCCAAUGUCCAGGGGCUGUCUGUCCUCAGGUCCUUCCGUCUGCUUCGUGUCUUCAAACUAGCCAAGUCCUGGCCCACGCUCAACAUGCUGAUCAAGAUUAUCGGUAACUCAGUAGGAGCUUUAGGAAACCUGACUUUGGUGCUGGCCAUCAUCGUCUUCAUCUUUGCCGUGGUCGGUAUGCAACUCUUUGGCAAGAGCUACAAGGACUGCGUGUGCAAGAUCUCCACAGAGUGCGAGCUGCCGCGCUGGCACAUGAAUGACUUCUUCCACUCGUUCCUCAUCGUGUUCCGCAUCCUGUGUGGGGAGUGGAUCGAGACCAUGUGGGACUGCAUGGAGGUGGCCGGAGCUGGGAUGUGUUUGGUCGUCUUCCUGAUGGUCAUGGUCAUCGGAAAUCUAGUGGUGUUGAACCUCUUCCUGGCCUUGCUGCUCAGCUCGUUCAGCGGGGACAACCUCUCUGCGGGGGACGACGACGGAGAGAUGAACAACCUCCAGAUUGCCAUCGGCAGGAUCACGCGAGGCAUCGACUGGUUCAAAGCCUUCGCCAUUCGAACUGUCCUGCAGAUUCUCGGCAGGAAGCCCAAAGAGCCGGAGGAGCCCGAGCAGGGUCCGACGGACGACGAGGACCCUAAAGCAGAGGAAAUUGAAAUGAACCACUUGGACACCGGUCAGAAUUUCAAAAUGGCAGAUGGGAUACCUAAUUGUUUGGUUGAAGGCCGGCCCUCUGGAUUUAUUGUGGAUGGAGAACUCAGUCUCAACGUGCCGAUCGCUCAGGGAGAGUCAGACUUUGAAAACCUGGGCGAGGAUGAAGAGGAUGAUGGUGAUAAUGCCAAUGACUCAGAGACUUCAGAUGAGAAAAAAAACAAACACUUCUCGGAAAACUUAGAAGAUGAACAUAGUACGCUGGGAAAUGUCAAACUGAUGGGUGCUUUGACUGAUGGGGAUUCUUCAGUGUGUAGCACAGUGGACUAUCAGCCACCUGAGCCUGAACCAGAAGAAGAGGAGGAAGAAGAGCCAGAACCUGAGGAGCCAGAGGCCUGCUUCACUGACGACUGCGUCAGGCGCUGGCCGUGUCUGACUGUGGACAUCACCGAAGGUAAAGGCAAGAAAUGGUGGAACCUCCGCAGAACUUGCUUCACAAUUGUGGAGCACGACUGGUUUGAAACCUUCAUCAUCUUCAUGAUCCUCCUUAGCAGUGGAGCUCUGGCCUUUGAGGACAUACACAUAGAAAGACGCCGAACCAUCAAAAUUAUUCUGGAGUACGCAGACAAAGUUUUCACCUACGUAUUUAUCAUCGAGAUGCUCCUUAAAUGGGUCGCGUACGGCUUCAAGACCUACUUCACCAACGCCUGGUGUUGGUUAGACUUUUUCAUCGUAGAUAUUUCCCUGAUUAGUUUAGCUGCCAACUGGAUGGGAUACGCUGAGCUUGGACCAAUCAAAUCCCUCAGGACUCUCAGGGCGCUGAGGCCUCUUCGAGCGCUGUCAAGAUUUGAAGGGAUGAGGGUGGUGGUGAACGCUCUCAUUGGAGCGAUUCCCUCCAUCUUCAAUGUGCUGCUGGUGUGUCUCAUCUUCUGGCUCAUCUUCAGCAUCAUGGGAGUCAACCUGUUUGCUGGGAAGUUCUACCGCUGUAUCAAUACCACCUCGGAUGAGCUUUUCCCCAUGGACGAGGUCAACAACAAGAGCGACUGCAUGGCCGUGAAAGAGGCCACAGAGGAGGCCCGCUGGGUCAACGUCAAAGUCAACUAUGACAAUGUGGGACAAGGCUACCUGUCUCUGCUUCAAGUGUCAACUUUUAAAGGCUGGAUGGACAUCAUGUAUGCUGCCGUUGACUCAAGAGAGGUAGAGGAGCAGCCUUCUUAUGAGAUCAACCUCUACAUGUACAUUUACUUUGUCAUCUUCAUCAUCUUUGGCUCUUUCUUCACACUCAACCUCUUCAUUGGUGUCAUCAUCGACAAUUUCAACCAACAGAAGAAAAAGUUUGGAGAUAAAGACAUCUUCAUGACUGAGGAACAAAAGAAGUACUACGACGCCAUGAAGAAACUUGGUUCCAAAAAGCCACAGAAGCCAAUUCCACGUCCAACGAACCUAAUCCAGGGAAUGGUGUUUGACUUCAUCAGUCAGCAGUUCUUUGACAUCUUCAUCAUGGUGCUCAUCUGCCUCAACAUGGUGACCAUGAUGGUGGAGACGGACGACCAGAGCCCGGAGAAGGAAGACUUCCUGUUUAAGCUAAACGUGGCUUUCAUUGUCGUCUUCACUGGGGAGUGCGUGUUGAAGCUGUUUGCCCUGCGACAAUACUUCUUCACCAACGGAUGGAACGUUUUUGACUUUGUUGUGGUCAUCUUGUCCAUAGCGGGUACAAUGCUCUCUGACCUGAUCGAGAAGUACUUUGUGUCACCGACUCUGUUCAGAGUCAUCAGACUUGCCAGAAUAGGCAGGAUUCUGCGUCUCAUUAAAGGAGCAAAGGGCAUUCGGACGCUUCUCUUUGCUCUCAUGAUGUCACUUCCUGCCCUAUUCAACAUUGGCCUUCUGCUCUUCCUCAUUAUGUUCAUCUUCUCCAUAUUUGGCAUGUCAAACUUUGCCUAUGUUAAAAAACAGGCCGGAAUUGAUGAUAUAUUUAAUUUUGAGACGUUUGGUGGCAGCAUUAUCUGCUUGUUUGAGAUCACGACGUCAGCCGGCUGGGAUGGGCUUUUACUUCCAAUGCUGAACAAGGAGUAUCCAGACUGCGAUCCAGACAUUGAGAACCCGGGCACGGAUGUAAAGGGGAAUUGCGGCAACCCGGGCAUGAGCAUGAUAUUUUUCUGCAGCUACAUCAUCAUCUCUUUCUUAGUGGUGGUCAACAUGUACAUCGCCAUUAUCUUAGAGAACUUCAAUGUGGCGCAGGAGGAGAGUGGCGACGCUCUCUGUGAGGAGGACUUUGAGAUGUUCAAUGAGACGUGGGAGAAGUUUGAUGUAGAUGGAACUCAGUUCAUUGAGUACAGCCAGCUCUCAGAUUUCUGUGACACCUUGCAGCCGCCACUGAGGGUUGCUAAGCCCAACAGGCUCCGCCUGAUUGAAAUGGAUCUACCCCUGGUCAUUGGGGACCGGAUCCACUGCCUGGAUGUCCUGUCGGCCGUCACGCAGAUGGUGUUGGGAGACACAAUUGAGAUGGUGGCCAUGCGGGAGAGCAUUGAGGCCAAGUUCAUCCUGAGCAACCCCACCUCAGACUCCUUUGCACCGAUCACCACGACGGUGCGCCACAAAGAAGAGAAGAUGGCUGCUGUAGUCAUUCAGAGGGCUUACCGCACCCACCUGCUGAGACGCUGCAUACACCAUGCUGCUUUUAUGCACCGCUGUAAGAGGAUGGGUAGAAAGGACGAAGGUGAAGAUGCACCGGAGAAAGAGGGCAUGCUCGCUCGAAGGAUGGGAGUGCUCUAUGGAAGCAAUGUGGACCUUGCAGUGGCGAUGGAGCAGGCUGAUUUAGAAACUCUAGCAAGCCAACAGCCUCCUACUCCUGAGACAGUGUCACAUGACACAGGGGCCCAGAGUGGUCCAGAGGAGCCCCCCGAGCCAAAUGUCAUGGUUGUUCCUGUAGAGAUUACUAAUGAGGUUUUAUUACAUUCUGCCCCGAACCCACACCUCUUUACCCUCCCUGCAAAUCUGAGAGAGACGAUCGUAUAACAAACAGCAGAAGACAAAUAAUUGUCUUCCUCCCUGUUGUUUUUUUUUUUACCAGUCAAGGAAGUAGUGUUAGCAGUUGAAUUUUUCCACAUUAGAAGAAGAGGUUACACAGUGCUAAUGAAUAUUUAAACUGCAUUUUCCAUCAUUGACCGUAACAAACAAUUUCUAUUUUUCUAUGUGAUAUUCAAGUGUCUUUUUUGGUUAAAAGUGAAACUGGAGGGCAUGGUUUUCUCUGAUAGUAACCAUAAAGACAUCAGCAAAUAUAAACCAACAUUAAUGCUAAAUGCGAGACGAUUAAAAAUAAACAAGUUAGCAUGUUACAUGAUAAUAAAUUUGGCUGUAAAAACAAAUAGUAAUAUGCUGAAAUAUUCAAUUACAAGUUGUACGUGUUUAAUGUAAGUCCCACUGUAGAGACUAAUGUCUGUGCCUGCAAUGCUUUUCUCUGUGUAUUGGUGAGGGUAAAUGCUACUCAAAUUAACAUUUCCAAAUUAAAAAGCACAUGUAGAGAUGAUUUCUCAGCAUUUAAAGGGGACCUAUUAUGUGUUUUUUUGAUUAUCUGCCAUAUUUAUAAUGUUACAAUGCCAUAUGUUCAUAUUAAACGUGGCCAAAGUUUCAGAUAAUUAGUUAAACAUACUUAAAAGUAAUCUCAGGCUUUCCAAUGUUUUUUUUUCUUCUUUGCCUAUGAGCUGACGUUACCUCGUGAUGGAUUCUCGCUCGUCUGCUCCAGGCACACUACUGCAAGCUGUGUUUUUCCCAAGCGUGUUGCACCUAGUCCCACCCUACUGUGCUGUGAUUGGCCAGUACUAACCCGAACAUGACCUUUUUGCCCUGACCGCCUCCAUUCUGGACGCUGCCAAUGUGACAAGUACUAGCUAAUCACAGCACAGUAGGGCGGGCCUGGGCCAAAGACAUUACAUAAUCUACACUGCUACAUGUAGCUACAUGCUAACGUCAGGGAAACAUUUAAACUUGGUUGCUGAUGUUGUUAAUUUCACCCCGAUUUGGCUCAUAUUGCUGCUGGAACAUGUCUGGUGGUGAAGAUUUUGGUUCAGACACAUUUACUGGUGAUUUUUCAAGGUAGAAAUUGUAGCUACUUUGCGUUACAGUGAUGCACCAGCUGCAAUGAUGUUGCAGAGACCAGUGUUGCAGACUUCAUAUGCUCAUUUGCAUAUUGGUGACGCCAUUGCGCAUUAAUAGAGGCAUAAAAAAGACGCUGAUUAGAUUCAACUGAAAAAUCCUGAAAAGAAAUUUUGAACGGCACGAGAGCAACGGUGUUUACACUAUAGCGCUCUACUUUCUCGUGCUCCCAAUGCAGGGAGCAAGAGCGCCAACGUAACCCUAGAAACUUACUACACCUGAACUCUCAGAGCGAGUGGUGUCACCUCUCCUCCUGCCUGUCCCAUAUCUACUGCACGGAGGAGAGAGGGGGAGAGACCCCUGAUAUUGACUGAUGUUGACUGCGAUUACUCUGAGCAGCAUGCAUGGGAAUGAAUUACAAUAUAACAUGUAAUAUAUUUCCCUAGUGGUCUGAAUAAAAUGCUAAAUUUGUUGCUAGUUACUUUUUAAAAACAAAGUUGCACAGAGGGUCUGAAAAGUUGCUGUAUCUAGCGAGAAAGUCGCCAAGUUGGCAACACUGGCCAGUGAGGCCAAGACACAGCAGACCUGGAAACUUAGACUGGCUUGUUAACAGGUUCUAGUACAAACCUAAAAUACAACCUGAAAAUAAUAGGUCCUCUUUAAAUUUACACUCGCUUUCAGGGAACUGCAUCACUUACUGUCAGCUGUUAAAACAGCUUGCUAAUGAAUCAUCAUGGUUGACCAGAUCUGUGAUAUGAUUCUUUCUAGUGACAAAUUCAUCUUUAAUUUGCAAGAUAGAGCAAUCCAGUUGAAGUUAAUGCACGCUAUGGUUGAGGCCUCAAUAACCUCUCUCAUGAUAUGGCUGUUACCAGAAAAACAAACUAUGUGCCCCAGUUUCUAACCAGAGAGCAACUUGAACAACAUAUGGCAAAAAAACCUUGGUGAUCCUUUUAUAGGCUGGGUUAAUGUCAUACACAGAGUGUGCAUUUAAAGCAACAAGAUAUCCAGUCUUUUUUGGUUCCUCUGAUGUGACAUGAACGCAGAGCUAUUAUCCAACUCCAACAGAAAGAUACUUAAAAAUUGAAUUAAUAUACACACAACCGUUUCAUGGCUAAAACCGUGCAAUCGGGAGUCAUUUGUUUUCAUUUUUGAAAAGUCAAAACAGAGCAAAAUCCUAUUCCUGCUUACUUUAAGUCACUUUUAUGUGGAAUCUCAUCAAUGUGAGGGCUCUGCAUGCUAAUUCUUUCAAUCAGACACAAUAUGAAGUUUGGAGUUUGUACAUUUAUCAAAUUAAUAACUGAAAAACAAGGCUGAUAGUGAUGACGUUUAUCUGCCAGUGAAACCCUGAUCUCUGUUAUUCUUUAUAACGCGGGCCAGUUAAUGCAGUUAACAUCUGAAGGCCCAGUUUAUAUUGCACUAUUUAUAUCCCUUCCAGGUCAAGUUAGAGCAGUUGACUGUGUAAGACUGAGAGACCUUCCUGUUUUCUAAGAUGAUUUCAUCCCUGAUGUAUGCAUGUCUUAUAAAUGUUAUGUCUAUUUUUUCAGUCCCCUCUCAGACGUCAAACACUUGUUUUACAUUUCAGCAUUUAGAUGUAAACGCCAUGACUGUUAACUUAAGAUGUGUUUACAUUAACAGAACUGCUGAGCUUAACUUAAUUUUAACAAUAAUUCUAGCAGUAAUGCUCACACUUGCUGUACAUUUUAAAUGAAGUUUUGCCUCAGGUUGUAUCAAGUUUUUCUUGAUCUUAAAUUAAUCUCAAACACAGCUGAGUGAUGGUUUAGUUUAAUACACAGACAGCACUUUACAAUAACCAUCAUUAAUCAAUGGUAAAUCAAUAAUUUAUUGAACUGUUAACAGACAAUUAAAUGAUAAUUAUUGAUGUUUGCUUAUAUUAGUAAUGCUAUUAUUUGUGUUCUUUUAACCAACCCAUUCUCAUUUCCUAAACGUCAACUAUGAUGUUCUAGGUACCCCUCCUGUGCCGGUUUCGGAUGUUCAGGGACAGUGUGUCAAUUUUCACUCGUUAUGCACAUUGGGUCUUUUCAAAAUAGAUUUCCGUUUUCCAAGGACAUGUACAGUUUCUGCUUGUUAAAUGCAUGCAGUCUGUUUUUCAAAUUCAACUUAAAUGUAGGUAAUUAAUUUAAUUUUUAGGUUUACUUCCUCAGGUCGGGUCCAUGUCAUUGGUCCGACAGCCCAUUGGUCCGACAUCCCAUUAGUUCGACGGUCCGCGGUGCUGAAUGGCUCCCGGCGGGCGUAUUUCUACCUUGAUGGUGCGCUGCGACCGGCUCUGGGUCAGCUGGGAAAGGCUUGAGGUGAAGCAGGCUCACAGCUUAUGUGUUUGUCACUUUCUUUUUCAUUUUAACCCACACCAUGAUCUUUUCCUGACCCUAACCAAGUGGUUUUUGUGCCUAAACCUAACCAGACCUUAACCACAGGGCAUCAUGAUGAUUUCGGAACGGACUUCGGAACAAUGGGUUUAAUAUGGUCGGAACAAUGGGAUGUCGGACCAAUGGGCAGUUCCCCUCAGGUCUAGGCAACAAAAGCAUGUGGUUAGGUUUAGAAAAAACAUCAUGGUUUGGCUUAAAAUAAGUGUGUUUCUUACCAAUGUAAUGUAACGUCAUGUGACAUACGUCGUUAGCAUAGUACGCGUCACAUACUAGCACACUACAUUAUUAUUAAAAAAACUCAACUGACUUUUGGUUUCACACAGGAAACAAACAGCGGUCUCAUGGGUGAAAGUCCGCACCACCUCCACUCCCACCCGCCCAAUGCCGACUUUCUCGCUCUUUAUACUACAGCGGUUGCUCUGAGAAUCAAAAAACACUGCCGCCUGGUUUGUCUCAUACUGCCACUAAAGGCUGCCUCUGUACCUUGGUAUUGGACACCAAGGGCUGCUGAACAAGCGUCAGAUUGAUGAGGUCAGAGUGAGACCAGGUUCGUUAAGCAGUUUAUUGUUGCACACAAUCUAACAUUUUAUAUCCACCUUAUUCCUGAGGGCACUUCUGUAGAAAUGAUAAUGGCGACAGCAGAAGUAGUUAGUGACUUUGAUUGUAUAUGGUCGGUUUCAGUGGCUAAUCUUGGUGACUAACCACCAGCUGCAGUUCUUUUUUGAAGUAAUUCGCCUUCAGUUUAGCUAAAAUUGCUUUGUAUUUUUACGGAUAUUUAACUAACGUUAAAUUAGCAUUUUCUAAAAAUGUCUUUGAGCAGCUCUGGUGCCUUUAGCACUGUCCACAUCUGUAACGUUACUAACAACCAGACUGAAAUUUGUUGCUCCAACAACAGUGUUGAACAUGCAGCCAGAACAAAAAGAGAUUGUUCCUGUAACCAGUGGUACAGUUUUUAUCACCUGCCUACAGAGAGGAAUAGGUUGCCACCUGUACUGUACAGUGUUAAUACUGGAUUGUCCGGUAUAAGAAAAUAAAAUUCAUCAUUCCUUAUUGAAUCAAUACGGGAUACGUAGGGUUAUGUUAAGGCAGACGAGUGGAGCAUUAGCUGGUAAACAUCACAUUUAUUGAUUUCACAUGGAGCUAAAAUUAAUAUGUGUUAAAUGUUGUGUUAGUGACCGUUUGUGAGAAAUUAUAAAUCAUCUUUUAGAUGGAGUAGAUGUUUACAAUAAGCUAGCUCUGGCUUUUUAAAAUUCAACAAUAUGCUAUUAGAGCAUGACAAACUUGUUGCUCACUCACUGCUUGCUUGAAAAAGAAAAACAACAAUUUGAGAUGGCUGUCGGAGGUAAGAUUGCGGUUUCCCGUCUGAACAGGUGUAACAGAAGGUGUGUAUUACGUUUUAUUGCAUAAUCGCCUUAGAAAAGAGGAUGAGUGUACCGUUACAUAUCGUUACUAUCGGAAAAAGCUGAUUCCAGUUCGCAGCCGGAAGGUGAGCCCGUAAUUCACGCAAGGUAUCAUGGGGGCUAGCAAUAAGGUGGAUCUGAGAUUAAGUAUUUGUUAAUGGUUAAUAAGUGGUUUGUAAAGCAUCUAUAAACAUUAUAAUACCUUGUUAAUUGCUGAAUAAAUACUGUGUGAUGCGUCUAUUAACAUUAUUUGGUUGGGCAUUACGAAGUUGCUGUGUUAUAGAUGCAAAAGAAUGACUUGGGUCCUACCUCUGUUAAAUGGUUAAUAAAUACUGUGUGGUGCAUCUAUAAACAUUGCAACUUUGUAAUGGUCACCAAUAUAAUGUUAAUAGAUACACCACACAGUAUUUAUUCAUCAACCAUUUAACAAGGUAUUAUUAUCAUAAAUGAGAACUUCAAAAAAGCAUCUUAAUAAUGUUUAUAGACUGUUGACAAACCAGUUAUUAACCAUUAACAACUACUUAAUCUCGUAUAUAAAAUAUUAGAUUGUCUGCAACAAUAAACUGUUUUAAAACAACCUGGUCUCACUCCCAACUCACCAAACAUCAACACUUGGUCAGCGACCAUCAGUGUCCCAUACUGAGGCAG